GCGAAGGCGCAGGCGCGACAUCGGCCAGGGGCGUGGUGUGGUCAGGCCGAGUGCGCGCGCGUGCGCAGGCCCACGUGCGCUCCCAACCCGCCUGGCGCUCCCGGGGUCUGGUUCCGACCCGUCUCGCUUCGCCGGGUCCGGCUAGAGCUAUGGGCGCCUGCCCGGCUGCAGGCUCGGCGCGGGCGCGCUACCUCGUGUACUUCCAGUACUUGGGCACGGACUUCAAGUACGUCUUCCGGACCUCCCACCCGUUCCCGCGACUCCCCUGUAGAGGCUGGCGCCGCGGGCAGCAACCGAGCUCGACCCGGAGCAGCGGACGGCCGACGCCAGAGGGGAGGGCGGGAACUGAGUUAGGACCUCUGUCCUUGGGCCCCAGCCCCCGGGAUGAAACGACCGCCUCUGGCCAUGGAGAGCCGGGCGGCCUCAGCUCGCUAACCUCCGCCCGCCUUGCCUGCAGUGGCGUCGCGGCUGUCAGGGGCCCACAGCACGCCGUCGGGGUCCAGAACUACCUGGAGGAGGCCGCAGAGCGGCUAAACUCGGUCGUGCCGGUCAAGUUCACCAUCUCCAGCCGCACGGAUGCUGGUGUCCACGCCCUGAGCAACGCGGCGCACCUGGACAUUCAGCGCCGCUCAGGCCAGCCACCCUUCUCCCCUGAGGUCCUGACGGAAGCCCUCAACACCCACCUGAGACACCCAGCCAUCCGGGUACUGCAGGCCUUUCGUGUGCCCAGCCACUUCCAUGCUCGCUAUGCAGCCACAUCCAGGACCUAUCUCUACCGCCUGGCUACUGGCUGCCCCAGGCCUGACCAUCUGUCUGUGUUUGAACGAAACCGGUGCUGGCCGCUUCGGGCAGACUGCUUGGAUGUGGCUGCCAUGCAGGAGGCCGCCCAGCACCUCCUGGGGACACACGACUUCAGUGCCUUCCAGUCAACUGGCAGCCCGGCCACCAGCCCCGUGCGCAGCCUGCGCCGAGCCUCGGUAUCUCCCGAGUCCUCCAGCCCCCUGGUUCUCCCCGGGGAGAGCAGGGGGCUGCGGUUCUGGAACCUGGAGUUUGAGAGCCAGUCCUUCCUGUACAGACAGGUGCGGAGGAUGACCGCUGUGCUGGUGGCUGUGGGGCUGGGGGCCCUGACGCCUACUCAAGUGAAGAUGAUUCUGGAGAGCCGGGACCCCCUCGGCAGGCACCAGUCCCGCGUGGCCCCAGCCCAUGGCUUGUUCCUGAAGUCAGUGCUUUAUGGGGACCUUGGUCCUGCCUCCACACAGCCUCCUGUGCCCUCAGAGUCACAGCACAGAAGUCACAGAUGAUCCCGAUGCCCAGCUGAGGGCAGGGAAGCCGCCGCCCACCUCCAUACCACCGUGCCCAGCAGGGACAGCCCCGCGUUGUCCGGGGACCACAGCUGCCCCCUGCCUCCUUGUCCCUGCCGCAUGUCCACAGGUGGGCUGCCACCAGGGUGAGGUGCAAGAGACGGGUGCACAUACCAGGAAGGAAGCCACCUAGACGGCCUGUGGCAGUUUUACUGGAGAUCCUUACCCUGGCACCUUGCCCAUGUCCUGGGGUCAGUCCAGGAGUAAAAAUAAAAGGUGAAGAGCCCCGA